CAUAAGGAGAAUGCGUCAUGACGUGACUCAGAGUAAAGGCUUUCGAGCUUUCUGAAACAAAAUUCGGGGUUUGCAGGGAUUUAGCCCAGAAAUGACUGAAUGUCCACGAACCCAGCUUUCUGACGCGGGGUCCUGCUCUCGGUAACCUCCAGAGUUUGCUUCAGAUUCCCCUCGGUUAAAAAACGGCGGUUCAUCAGAGGAAGCUUGUAGUGUUGGGACUUUUCCCAUUUAAGUGUUUCCUGUUUGUUUCUGAACCGCUGAGCCAACCGAAUCCGCUAAGGGGCGCUGCUGAGCCGCUCCGCUAGCACUAGGCCAACCCCUCCGUGUUCUCCGGCGCUAGCUCUGCCCUCGGUGCCGCCAAGCUAACUGAGCCGGGCUGUUCGCAUCCCCCUGCCUGCCUGCCUGCCAGCCUAACGUCGACAUGCCGGAGUACCUGGACGACCCGUCUGUGCUCACCAAAGACAAGCUAAAGAGCGAGCUCAUUGCUCACAACGUGGAGCUGCCGAGCGGCAACCCCACCAAGGACGUGUAUGUGCAGCUUUAUCUGGACCGCCUGACCGCCCAGAACAAGAAGAAGCAUGCCGCGGCCGCAGCUCCGGACGCGUUCUCCAGCGACGAGGAGCUGCCGCCGCCCGCGGUCUCCAACCGGAGCCGCUCCUCCGGAAGGAAAGCCACCAAGAAGUCGGAGAAGCUUCAUCCUGAGGAAGUCGACGUCACGGCGCUCACCGAUGAGGACCUGAGGGACGAGCUGCGGAAGCAUGGCGUGAACGUGGGGCCGAUUGUAGAAUCAACCCGUAAACUGUAUGAGAAGAAGCUGCAGAAGUACUUGGACGAUGGCCCCGUGCAGCCGCUUCCCACAGAACUACAAGUGAACCACAAUGGCAACUCUGAGUCUGACAUCUACAGCGACAAGGAGGACGAGGUGGCAGUACCAGAACCUGUGAUCGAACCUGAGCCAGAACCAGUUCCAGUGGUGGAGAGACGAGUGAGGAGCGGAGUGAAGACCCCAGUUAGCACUCGGACCGGCAGCAGCAGCAGCAGCAGACACCAGAAGGUUGAGAAAAUCUCUGCCAGCGAGCAGAAUCUAAAAGUGGAGAAAGAUGUUCCGAAGGAGCUUUUUUCUGGAGACAUGAACAGUCCGACAGGAAUCAGCGUCAGCUGUCGAAAGCCCAUCCGGGGAGCAGCUGGGCGGCCGGUAAUCUCCAGUGAUUUGUGGAAUGAAGAGAUUUCCUUUGCGUCUCCAACCACCAAGACCAGCAGCUACUCCUACACCGAGAGCCAUGCAGUCAACAGAGUAUCCAGCGUGAAUCCCUCCGCCUCCUUCGCCUCCUUCACGGCAUCGAGCUCCUCCUCCAAUGCCUCCUCCAGCGCGCCUUUUGUUACAGCGCCCUCGGCGGGUCCAAGCAGAGCAGUGCGGCGCAGCAUGCCCCUGUGGAAAAAGCUGGUCCUGUUCGGCGUCCUGGCCACGUUCCUGAUUUUUGUUUACCUGGCAAUGGAGACCAACUCUGUCAGCCCAUUUCAAGCCUCAGAAGCAGCCGCAGGUGGAACAGCAUAGAGCUAGAGCGUGCAGAUAAGGUGCAGACGGGGAGGAAGAGGGUUAAAUGCUUCUACUUCAUCGGUUUUUUAAGUGAUAAUCUGCAGUGUAGCCAGUUUUUCUUACCUCAUGAUUGCCUGAUGUCGACCUUUUUUAUUUUUUUAAAGUGUCUUUAAAAAAAUAUAUCUUUUUUUUUUCAAACCAGUCUCAGAGGUCCAAAGAAUAGUGAUUUAUGCCCUGAAGGAUCACUUUGAGCGGGCUGUGAAAGGACUGAGGCAACCGUUGCUGUUCUGGCCCAUUUUUGACCCUGAAGUUGCAACAGAAUCACCCACUGACCAGCUUUUAGAAACACAGACGUGCAGAAUUGUGAGGACUUUCUUCUUCAUAUGUGAUAUUUUUUUAAAUCGUGCCACUUUUGGUGUUGGUUUUGUAUUGAAAAUGUGUGGCUUAGCUUUUCCCAUCUUGCCUUGGUAUCUAUUAGCAUUCCCAGGCUCGAAGGUGGAGCUUAUUUUUUUUUUGUACCUGGGACCACCUUUGUUAAUGAAACAGGAAAGGUUGUUGGCACAACCCAGAUGCUUUUGAAACUUAAACACUUGAUAUAUUUUCUUAAUGCUUCUUAUAAAACGUAACUGAAAUUGUCUAUUUUACAUUUAUGUAGUCACUGCAUUGCCUACUAAAUAAACUUUGAUGUUAUUGCGUAA